UUACAAUGUCUACUCAACAAGACAAUAGAACAUUAUAUAUUCCUUCAAGUCACGGGUCGAUCUAUUUGGUCACAGUCCAUCAGGUCGAACCUUACCUACCAUCAUAGAUGUCAGACAAAAUCUCAUAUGAGUCGCAACCAAAAAAAACGUCGGAGCUUAUCAUUUUUCAAAACGAGUCAAGAAUUGGAGACAAACUUAACAGGUCCAAUCCUUGGAUUUCUUUCAAGAAAUGAAAACGAUAACAAUAAAAAUAAUAAUAAUAAUUAACGUUUGCAUAUUUCAAGAAGUUCUAGCCAAAGGCAUUGUGGGAUCAUAUCUCAAUUAACUCAAUUCAGAGGACAAGGGCCAACGGAACUGAAUCUCUAAAUCUUGUUUCGAGAGAGAGAUGGGAUACAUUGAAAUGGCUUCUCUCCUGAACAAAUUGACUGAGAAGCUGUUACAAGAAGCAGAUUUGUUUCAUGAAGUGAAGGAUCGAGUCUGGUCCCUUCUUUGCAUGCUAAAGAGGUUAAGGCCUUUUGUAAUGGAAGUCCACAGAGAGCAAAGCUCAAAAAUGGAGGAAUUAAUGAGAGAAUUCGUAGAAUUAGUCCAUGAGGCUGACGAUGCUAUCGAUUCAUAUGUCACCAUAAAAGCUAUUAGACGAAUGGAAAACAUCUACGCCAGCGAGAAGGAUAGAGACGGCGAUAUGAAGGCUGAUGAACUGAGAAGUAAAAUUGAGGGCAUCAGGUUGAGGCUCCAGUUAUGGCACAAGCGUUGCCUUACUUGCAGGGCUCCCUCGUCAGUGAUUGCGCACAAUGAUCACAUGGUAGUAGGCCUUGAAAAUGAAGUAACAAUGAUGAUUGAGCGGCUUAUGGAUAAGGAUCCUCAACCUGAUGUCAUUCCGAUCGUUGGUCCCGGAGGUGUUGGUAAAACAACACUGGCUCGCAGAGUUUAUAAUCACCCAACCACAGUGGAGAACUUCCCCUGCCGCGCAUGGAUUUAUGCAUAUAAUGUUCACGAGUUUUCCAUCACAAAGUUAUUGCAAGAAAUCAUCAAUCAGGUAAGUCAUUCUCCUCCUCCUACUACGGAUACAGCUGCAGUAGAUCAAGACAACGAUCACGAUGGAGAAGAGAUGAUCCUCAGGGAUUUGGCCAAUCAAAUUUACAAGCAUCUGAAAACCUGUGACAGGUAUCUCCUUGUUUUCGAUGAUGUUUGGAGAACCCAAUUCUGGGAUGACAUUAAUAUGAUCUUCCCCGACAAUAAAAAUGGAGGUGGAGGUAGGAUAAUUUUCACUACUCGCUACGAUGAAGUGGCCUCGUACGCAAUGCCAAGAAGGCGUCCCUUUUAUCUGCAACCACCCUUGAACAAGGAAGAGAGUUGGGCGCUUUUCUCGGAGAGGGUAGCGUCCAGCUCCAGAGACGAAGCUAAUAUGGAAUCCCAAUCCCAAUCCCAUUCGAAUCAACUGGAGCCGGAUCAUCAUCCAUGGAAAGAAUGGGUAGAUGAAUGUGGUGGGCUACCACUUGCAAUUGUUGAAUUAGCAGCAGAACAUCAACGCUUUAUAUCGUCAGCGGCGGCGGUUGAUAAGGAAGAGGAUGACCAUUGGGACAAAAGAUUUCCAAAGGGAAUUUGGGAAUUGAUGUAUGAAAAUUUACCACAUCACCUGAAACCGUGUCUUCUCUAUCUGGGGGUUCUCAAUUCGUGUUGCUCCAACAUAUUUAAGGAAUUGUUAAUUGCAGAGGGCUUUGUGGAACAACCAAGGACGACCAAGAUUCGAAGUGAAAAGACAGUAGCCGACGUAGAAGAGGAAGUGGAAAACUAUGCAGAAAAAUACCUGAAUGAGCUUAUUGAUCGAAACCUGGUUGAAGUCGUAAGUAAGCGUUGGGAUGGGGGUAUCAAAGAUAUUGCCAUUUCCAAGCGGUUGCAGUUGAUGAAUUUCUGUAGAUUUAAGGCCAGAGAAGAAAAUUUUCUAGAGAUUGCAGAAUUUGAGAUUAUUCCAUGGGAAGCAAACCGAAUUUCCGUACGAGGAUGGUACGGGAAAUACUUUGAAUUCAUCAGUCAAGGUAAUUCGCCGAUGAAAGCUCGCUCUUUUCUGAUGUUGGAGGAUUCAAAUUUUCCAUCAGAAAGAAAUUUUGAUGGAAAUGAUUGGAGUCCUCUGCUUCAAAAUACUUCACUUAGGGUGUUGGAUUUCGGUGUGGAAUUUAACCAUACAAUUCCAAGGGAAAUUGACAGGCAAAUUCAUCUAAGAUACCUGAGAAUUAAUUACCAAGGAAGUAUAACACUUCCACCAUCCAUAUGCAAUCUGUGGAAUCUACAGUUUCUCCGAUUAAAGAAUAACAAUCCCAGGUCAGAAAUCCCGCUGGAAAGAUUUUGGAGAAUGAGACAAUUAAGGCAUCUAUUGUGUAGUGAUGAGCUUCGUCUCUCCCAACCACCUGAUGAUGGCAAUGACAGGCGUUUAGUGUUUUACAAUCUCCGGAGCCUAAAGUAUGUGUCUGCUUAUUGUUGUACCAAGAAUUUACUCUCAAGUAUGCCCAAUUUGGUUAGACUGGCUGUGGGAGGUGACAUAAAACAGACCCACAUUGAUGAAAUAUCCAAUAGUCUUCCCCUGUUGAAGCACCUUCAGAAACUAGUGUUGCGAGGUGGUGAAGCCAUGAGGAAUGACACCAUAUCUCUUCUCAGGUGGGACGAUUUCCGGCCAAACAUCACUUGCCUCUCCUUCAAGCGCACCCGACUAGUGGGAGACCCAAUGCGUAUACUGGGGAAGCUACCCAACCUUCAGGUCCUCAAGUUAGCAUUCAACGCCGUCGAUGGAGAUGUUUUAGACAUCGGUGUUACUACUGAUGAUGGCGAUGUGUGGUUUCGUCAGCUCAAGUGUUUGAAACUUGAACAAUUGAAGAUAAGGAGGUGGAAUCUGUCAGUGGGAGCAAUGCCUGGUCUUGAAAUACUAGUUAUUAGAAAUUGUACUUCUCUCCAGGGUCUCCCAUCAGAAGCUCUGCAGGAAAUCCAGAGUUUGCAGCAGAUGGAAAUACACCAUUACGUUGAUCCAGCAGUGGAAACAGCCGCAGUAGCUAUUCAGGAAUGUGUCGGGAAGGAUCAUCUUCAGCUCCGCUUAAUGAAAAAACCGGAUGACUUGAAUGUUGGUCAGCGAGUAAAUUAAUCGCCCUGUUUUCAGGGUUGUGAAAGGACCUUGGCCCACUGAAAAUAGGGAUUUGUGCAUGGGCGUAGAGAACACAGUAGGAUAGGUUUCAGCAUGGUUCCAAGCUGACAACAGCCUUAUGAGGUCUUUAUAGGUUUUAUUUUCUACCUUUUUUCCCCUUUUGGUUCCGUUUGUUUUCAUGUAGACUUUUUCAUGUAAACUUUUCAUAUAUAAAUUUUUGGUGUGUGUCUGCA